AGGCUGGGCUCAACACGCACCCUAUUGGCGAAGGGAUUGGUGCAUAAUUCCCAGCACGUCCAAUCACGUAUGCCGGAUUCGUUUACGUCAUAAGUCAGUCUUGUGACGUCACAGGCCUGCUUCAGUGCUUCUCUUGCUUGACAGCAACAGUUGCUCCUUACAAGCGGCGGACAGGAACUGUGAGCCAGCCAGCGUCCUCCUGGCAGCGGCAGAAUGGAUGAAAUACUCUCCUCCGAGGACAAGAAGAAACACAAUUUCUACAUCCUAUUGGGAUGUGACCCAAGCUCCUCUGUGGAACAGAUCCAGGCUGAGUACAAAGUGUUGGCACUGCAGCAUCAUCCUGAUAAAAAUCCUGAUGAUGCACAGGCUGAGGCAAGGUUUCAGGAGUUGCAGGUUGCUAAGGAAACACUAACAGACCCAGAGAAGAGAGCCCAGUAUGACCGAUGGCUUAACAGUGGCAUUGCUGUCAGCUAUGAGAAGUGGUGUGCCAUGAAAGGACAUAUGACAACGACUCUGCACUGGGCUGCCCCAAACACUAAGGACAGGAUGCUGGGACCGGCCGGCACGUCCCAGGGCCCUCAUCCCCAUUCUCAUCAUCACCCUAAGCCAGGGGGCAGGAGGAGCUCUGAACAGGGCCUUCUAUAUGGCCGGAACCAGGAUGAGGUCAACAUAUCAUGGCCUACAGGACAGUGGGAGCGUGAUUCCUCUGAUGUUAUACGAAAAUUUAGAAAUUAUGAGAUUUAAAAAUCAUAAUGAAUUUGUUUCUGUGAUUCUAAUUGAUUUCCUAGAUGUGAUCAGCUUACCAUUGGAUUUAAAUUUUGCUUGUGUAACAUACAGUAAAGUUUAAGAUUGUAUGUGCAAUCAUGCUUCCAUAUAAAUUCACAUUAUUUGAUGUUAGAUUUAUGAAUUAUGAGAUCAAAUAUAUUUUACAUGUUUCAAAGAUUGUAGAGUUUGGUAUCUGUCCUGUUAUGUUUUCAGACAACUGUCUUGUUAUAAGAUGCUUGUAUACUAUACUGUGCUAUGCAUGAUAUUUCAAGUAUAAUAUAUCAGAAUAUGAUUAUGAAUCCCCCUCCUAAGUAAAGGUGUGAAGUUGGGAUCACACUUGUAUGUUUCAAUAUGAAUUCUACAGUGUUAAGCAUUGGACAACAAUGGUCUUUUGUUGCCUAGCUAGACAGUUGUUCAGCAGACAGUGGACACAGAAUGUCAUGUGGAAUGCUAACAUAUCAUCACACUAAAAUGUGAUAUGAGUGUAUUACUUGUCACUGGUGACCAUCUCUUAGCUUGAUACCUGUAAUACUUUGUGAUAUUUGUACCAUGAUGGUUUGAUUUAUUCUGUUCGCUGAAUUUUGUUUAGUAUGAUGCCAACUUCAUAUGGCUAUGUACAUAUUAUAUUACAUUGUGACCAAUGCAAAGUCUUCCCUAAAAUUUUUAGUGUAUAAAAUGCUAAUAUCCUGUGUUCUCAGUUUAUGACUACAAAUUUGUUAUGGUACUAUGUAGUGAUGUGCGGGUUAUUUUUUUUACAUUAGUAGUAUUUAAAAAAAAUGAAAAUAGCAUGCGGGAAAAGUAGUUCAGAGAAUAUGAUAUCCCAGGAACAACUUAAUACGGUUGUUUUAUGUUGUACAUGACUUAUGGAUGUUUGGAGAUAAAGUAUAUAAAAAGAUUCUAUACUUGAUCAGGCAUUGUUAACAUUUAGAUAAUCUGAUGCCAAUGAAAAAGUACAUUAAUGUAUUUAUGAGCAGAGAUGCUUAUAUUGUGGGUCCCAGGAGAGUUGGAACAACAAACCUGUUUGCUGGGACCAUAGGAUUCAGUCUAUUAAUUAUUUAUGGCUAUGUGAAUGAGCAUUCAUAUAAAGCACUCAUAUCAAUGCAAACUUGUCUAUUUAUCUAUUUGUUUUUAUGCCUAUUCCUUGAAACUCCUCCAAGAAUUUCCCAUUGUUUCUCUCCAAACACUUGUGCAUGUAAUGCUAUGAAAAAUAAUUUUCAUCUUAAUACAGGACAUUGUUGGUGUCAUAUGUGAAAUGCUUCAUGAUUUUGAUAGGUAUUAAAGCAAAACACUAUAAAUGUAUUUUUGUAAGGGAUUUCAUUAUAAGAUUUGAAAAAUAUGUUUAAUGACAAACGCACUCUUGAGAUGGCACUUACAUGCACCAGCAUGACACUGGAGGCCUGAUGGGACAGUGGUGAUGUCUUGAUACUAGUGUAUGAUUGUCCAGCAGGAAAAUAUUUUUGCAAUACAGUUAGGAUAGGGGAUGGUUGUUCCUUUCAGUAUAUUCUGGGAAACCAUUAGUGUGAAAUGGAUGCAGCAAGUGACUGAUAUAGUAUGUAAUUAUAGUAUAUUUAUCUAAAUUUAUUUUUAUAAAGUGCUAUAUAUAAAAACCUUAUGUUAUGUAAAUUAGCACAGCACACAGAUAUUAUUUAUGAUGCAUCUAGUGAUUGAAGUAGUAUAUAAUUAUAUUGUAUUCAUGGAAAUUUAUUUUUAUAAAGUAUGUAUAAAAAAUUUUGUUACAUUGUGAAUUAGUACAGCAUAGAUAUUGUUCACAUAUCUUAUUUUGUUCCAGCUUUUUAUGUGGCAUGGUCAAUUUGUUUAUAUUGCAAAGUUUUGGGUGUGCAAAUAGAAUUUAAAUCAAAGAACUAAGCUACUUUGAAUGUCAUAAUUAGAAUAUUGAUGCUGUAUUAAUGGAAGCUGUGAACUUUAUUUUACAUAUUUAUUGUGAUGCAUAACUCAAGAGUAAGAUGAUUCCAGCCAAAUGUGUUUGAUGUGUUACUUAGGAAACUGCAGUACUAUAUAAUUUUGGUUGUGUAUUAAUUUGCACUGGAAGCAUAACUGUUACCACACAAUUUAUGCACAACAAAUAUUGGUUAUUACUUGUGUUUACUUAAUGUUAAUAAGAAAAAUUUGCCUAUAUGAAUUCAAGUCAUUCAUUACCAGAUUGUGUAUAGUAGCAUUUUUUGCAUGCUAUCUUGGUAUUUGCCUCAUUAUUUUUAGUGAAAUAUCAUUAUUGAGCUUAUGUGAACAGAUGUGAACAGUGAGUUGUGUGCAGUACACAGUGUGUUCACACAAGAUGUAGCUAUUCAUAAUAGUUUGGUGUUUCUUUUUGUUUUUAGACUUGAGAUACUGAGAUGUUACUUUAUAUCUCCACACACAUACAUAUGUGCAUUUAGUGUUUAUAGUUAUGUAUGUGUAUAUGUUACUAGAUAUUCAUUCAGUGUUAGGUUUCUAAUGUAAAUGUUAUUAUUAGCUCAAUUAUGUAGCUUGUUGUUUCUUACUGUUUUCUUGUAUUGAUUGUACCAAUUAGUAAAAUAACUUGGUGACAUGGCAUGAUGUUAUUGGAAUUAAAAUCCAUGUUGUAAAUUCUAUAUUGCAAGCCACUGCAUAAGAUCUAAUUUGUUUUUAAUCUGUAUAAUGUUGUGUCAUGUCAUUAUAGGAGUGUCUCAUACUAUGCCUACUCUCUCUUGGGUGUUGCAUGACAGGGUAAUAACUGAAAAAUAAGCAAAACACAAUUAGGUUUAAGUAAAAGUAAAAAUGUAAUUUGCAGUCAUCAAAAAUGAAUUAGCACAGUACAUGUAAUUUAUCUCAGUUAAAGGUAUUUUUCAUAAAUGCCUGGUAAAAGGAAACGGUUGCAUUUUUAAGAAUUAAUAAGUUGAUUAAUAUGCACUUUACUGUGUGCCACAUUUAAUACAAGCAAACUAAGAUAAAGCAAUUUGUCAUGUACCCAUAAUGUGGAGACAAGUCCACCAAUGAUAUCUGACCACAGACAGAUGGGAUGAACAUGAGCUAGAGAUUGUGUUAUAUGGUUUUAUUCCUUUCUUUGGCUUUGAAUAAUGUUUUACUCCCUUCUUUGGCUUUGAAUAAUACAAAGCAUUUCAUUCAUAAAAUUUCAGAAAAUCAUUAUCAGAAAAAAAUUCUCUUCAGAUUCUGUGUUUUUGUUGUGCUCACAAAAGUAAAUUUCUUUUCAGAUUUAUUGUUCUUAUUAUUUAUUUACUUGUUUAUUGAUUAACGUUAAUUCAUUAAGCUGCUUGUGUCAUGUUUGGUCAUGACAUAGCCAAGAAAACAGAUUUGCUAUUUCAUGCACUUAGGAAAAAUGCCUUUACAUAUGUACUACACACAUUGCAUGCAAUAAGCAAUGGCUGCUGGUAAUACUAUGCAUAAGUUGCUUUUAUACCUCAUUUGAUCUACAGUUUCUUAUCUUCAGGUCAGUGAGAGUUUCAUUGUUGUGCCAAAUCACAGCCCUAAAGCUCUUCCACACACAGGUACACUACAAACCACAUCAAACUCCCAAACUCCUCUGCAGCCUGGGUGUAAUUAGACAUACCUUGUGUAUCUGACCUUUAUCAAAACCCUGUUGUCCAAACAUGUCAUUCUGCACCAUUCUUAAAGGUCAUGUAUUGUUCAGGUUUACUGUUUUGUAUACCUUAGCACAUUAUUUGUUUCAUUAAGCAUAAACAAAAAAAUCUUCACCUCACUGUGCUGGUUUAGUCUUCCACACUUUUUUUUUUUUAAGACCAUAAAAAAACAAAAUAAAGGUGGAAAUUUUUGGUUAUAGGAUCAUAAUUCAGAGGAAGUUCAAGCUCAAUAAACUUAACUGCUAUGUGAAGUCCUGUUGGCUUAUUGGUGUUUUGUAUCUUCUAAUAUUCUUUGAGAAUUUCCACAAGGAGAAAAAAUGCAGAAAAGCUAAACAUGAAUGCCUUACUUUGAUUUCUUUUAAUGUACUUUUAAUUAAUAUUGAUUGCUUUUUUAAUGUUUUAUUUUACACAUAUGCUAGAGAAAGGAUUGUAAUACAUUAUGGAGUGAAGAAUGUAUUGUCAUAACACUUGGUUCUGUCUUAACUUGCAUACUACAAAUGAUUGAUACUUCAGGUCUUUGUCUUUCAUGUGCAGUAUUUUAAGUAUAAUAUUUAAGUGAUUCUGUAUAACUGACAUCUUAACGUGAAACACUAAACAUUAUAGUUUAAUAAAUGUUGUGUAUCAUCCAUUAA